GCGGCUCAAAGGCUGCUGGGAAAAAACCUGAGAAGAAGAGCUACCAGUAGUAAGUUGACAUCACAGAUUUUGUCCACUAGCUGCAGGCUUGUGGAUGCUACAGCGUUAGCAGUUUUAGCAGAGCACCUCCAGUCAUGCAGGAGGACAUAAGCAACGUGAUGUCCUGGUUCUCCAGCCCGGUAUACAGUCGCUACUGGCAGCACUACCAGCAGGCUAUGGCUUGGCACCAGAGACACAGGCGUGCCUACCAAAAGGCCUUAGAGGCUGCCUACUGCCCCAGCUACUUCCACCCUCAGUAUCCCAGCAGCCAGGAACGCUACGCCGACUGGCACGCCGCCGGAGAGGGAGACAGCGAAGACGGAGGGGAUGGAGACGAGGAGAGCAGCUCAGACAGUGAGAUCGAGUGUGAUGUCAGCAACAUGGAGAUCAGCGAGGAGCUCCGGCAGUACUUCGCCCAGACAGAGAAACACAGAGAGGAGCUGAAGAAGCAGCAGCAGAUGGAAGCAGAGCAGCAUGACAGCUACGUGCCAGCUGACCAGGACAUGCACGUCGUCUCCUGGCGGAGCAGUGCGGCUCCUCCCUUUGAACGACCUGGUGAGAGACGCGCGGCUGAGAUGAAGAAGCUGUACGGCAAGGAUGCAGCCAAGAUCCUGGCCAUGGAGGCGGCGAUGCAGCUCACUUUUGACAGGAACUGUGACCGUAAACAGCCAAAGUACUGGCCUGUUAUCCCGCUGAAACUGUGACAGCUGCACAGAACGCUAUAAACUGUUUGAUUCCCUGAUCUCUCAGUGAGACACCAGCUCAUGUAAUGGAUCAUGGCUAUCAAAGCUGCUGAUGUUGAGCAAAAGGUUCGGGUUAGUUGAAGGCUAGGAGUUAUUUUAAGCAUAAAAACGUUGCAUAAAUUAGCUGAGCUUAUGCUUAGCCAGAUGCAAAUGUCACUGACCUGUCAGCUGCUGCCCCAAAUGAAAAGUUAUGGUUGGGAUAAAACAUACCAUGCUGGCUUGUACUUAGGUUUACACUCCCACAGUAAGUUACGCAUAAAAACAUAAGCACUGAUGAAAAAUGUCAAGAGAUUGCAUUGUUUCAUGUAAUCAGCUAUAAAACACAACUAUAAAAUCCAAAGAAUGAAUAUGAGUGUCAGCUGAGGGUCAAAGGUACAGUAAAACUGCAGCCACAGGUGAUGUAAAUCGACUCAAACAACGCGCCCGUGUGUUUCCUCCUAAUCUGUUUUUGUUUACCCUCUAGCUCGGUGAUGUUUCAUGCUGCAGUAGCUCCUCUUAUGCCUGUCAACUUAGUUUAACUACAAAAAGAUGCCCUCCUCCUCUUCCUCCUCUGUUCAGAUUCAGACGCCUUCCUGCAUGGUUGCUUCUGAUAUUCCACAUCUGAACCUACACAAAGAAUGACUUCUUGUUGUUACUUCUAAACUGUGUCGGUCCGAUUCUGACAUUUCAUCAGG